CUUCACUCAACGUCCUCAGGCACCUUCCCUCAAGACUAUCCACGAGCUAGAUAUCAUGGCACCCAAGAAGGUCAAGGUCCAACAGGACGCACCUGUCGCCCUCGGGCCCCAGGUUGCUGAGGGCGAGCUCGUCUUCGGUGUUGCCCACAUCUACGCUUCCUUCAACGACACCUUCGUCCACGUAACCGAUCUCUCCGGCAAGGAGACGAUCUCCCGCGUUACUGGUGGCAUGAAGGUCAAGGCCGACCGUGACGAGUCCUCUCCAUACGCGGCCAUGCUUGCUGCCCAGGACGUCGCUGCGCGCUGCCGUGAGGUCGGUAUCACCGCCCUCCAUGUCAAGCUCCGGGCGACUGGCGGUACCGGCACCAAGACCCCUGGCCCCGGUGCCCAGUCCGCUCUCCGUGCGCUCGCCCGUUCCGGCAUGCGUAUUGGCCGUAUUGAGGACGUGACCCCCGUCCCCACCGACUCCACCCGCCGCAAGGGUGGUCGCCGUGGUCGUCGUCUGUGAUCGCUUCAUCACAACGCGCACAAAACAUCAUCUCCCGGAUUGCUGCUACUAUGUAUACCUGUACAUGCUAGUCGCCGGUGUGGAAUGAUCAGAGGUCGCUGCUCGACGCGCAACAGGUUCUUUGGCUUGUGCAAAGACCUGCCCCGUGGUCGAUGCCCAUGUUUCUCAGAUACUAUGUGUGCCUAGAGAGUGUGCGAUUAUGCCGUGUAUUGAAUAUGUUCCACCUCUGCUUCUUAGGCUGAGGAGGG